GGCCGUACAUGCUGGGCACUGGGCUCCUGCUUUACCUUCUCUCUAAGGAAAUAUAUGUAAUUAACCACGAGACGAUUGCAUCUAUCAGCAUAUUGUCAGUCAUCAUUUAUGCUGUAAAAAAAUAUGGGUCUCAUGUAGCAGCUUUUGCUGACAAGCUUAAUGAGGAGAAGGUUGCUAAAGCAGUAGCUGUGAAGAACGAGGCCAUUAAGGAUCUGGAGACUGCCAUCGAGCAGGAGAAGAAGGAGCAGUGGCGGGUCGAAGGCCGUGGUUACCUCUUCGAUGCCAAGCGGAAUAACAUUGCCAUGUUGCUGGAAACUAACUACAGAGAAAGAUUGCUGACGGUGUACACCGAAGUGAAGAAGAGGCUGGACUAUCAGGUGGCAAUGCAGAAUCUGAAGCGUCAGAAAGAACAAGAUCACAUGAUUCAGUGGGUGGAGAAAAAUGUUGUUCAGAGCAUCACACCUCAACAGCAGAAGGAGAGCAUUGCCAAGUGCAUUUUGGACCUGAAGGCGUUAUCGAGGAGCGUGCAGGCGGCAGUGUAA